UUGCAAGUUGGGUGUUUGUCAACAUUUGAGUCUUGAUGAUAAAAAUGUUUAGAGGACUAAUAUUUAGUUAUUUAUAACUCUCUGAGUUAUUGGGUCAGGCCAUUGAGUUUUAUUUUGUGAACAUUAGGUUUUUCUAGUUACACAAAGGGGCUGAAAGUGGCUGAACGAAGGCAGAUUAAGAUCAAAGGGGACGGACUGAGACAGUAAGAUAUAGAGAGCGACACUUUUAUCUUAUAGAAUUUGCUGGAACGCUGAGAGGUGGAAAGAAGAGAUCCAGAUUUGCUGGUUGGACUGGAAAGGCCGGAGGGGGCGUCGGCUGCCUCGCAAAGCUCGACAGGUGUGGUGAGAGACAAACAAAGAGCAGACAGACUCAGCGGAGAGAAGAGGCUUGACUGCUGUGUCUGAAGAGGGAGAGGUGAAGCAGUGGUAUUGAAAAUACGCACUACAGGUGGAGUGACGACAAAACCAGAGUGACCACCACUCCUGUUGUCAGAAACAAAUCCGGGAGAGGAGAGGUGGACGUUACCAGGCAGAGAGAAAAAGACAGAAUCAGAGAAAGAAAAAUGGCAGAGGCCCCGAAGAUUGAACUCUUCGUUAAGGCCAGUGUGGACGCGGAGAGUGUGGGCAACUGCCCUUUCUGUCAGAGACUCUUCAUGAUUCUUUGGUUGAAAGGGGUGAAAUUCACCAUCACCACUGUGGACAUGAAGAGGACACCUGAGGCGCUGAAGGCUCUGGCUCCAGGCUCUCAGCCUCCGUUCCUCAUCUGCGACGGCGAGGUCAAAACGGACAACAACAAGAUUGAGGAGUUCCUGGAGGAGACGUUGGCCCCACCAGAGUAUCCAAAAUUGUGCUGUCGAUACAAGGAGUCCAACGGCGCUGGAGAGGACAUCUUCCUAAAAUUCUCAGCAUAUAUAAAGAAUCCCGAUCCUGGAAAAAAUGAUGCCCUAGAAAAUAAAUUUCUAGCGACUCUGGUGAAGCUGAACAUGAACCUGGAGACUCCUCUUCCUCAUGAGCUGCAACAGAACCCCAAUGCCAACGAGUCGACCCGUCUCUACCUGGAUGGCGACUCCCUCACCUUGGCGGACUGUAACCUGCUUCCCAAAAUCCACAUUGUGAAGGUGGUGUGUAAGAAGUACCGUGAUUUUGCCAUCCCCAAGGCGCUGAAAGGUCUGACGCGUUACCUGGAAAAUGCCUACAAACAGGAUGUGUUUCGCUACACCUGCCCAAAUGACUCAGAGAUCCUCUUCGCCUACAAGUCUGUGGCCAAGUACCUGAACAAAUAGAUCGAGAGGGGGCCAUGUAGCAUAAGAGAGAGAGCAGAGAGUUGAAUGAAAACCAACGACAGAGAAAAGGUGACAAAAAGCCUCAAAACUGCACAUGAUUUAUGUGUUUUGUCAAAAUAAUGGAAAAGAUAAUUUUUUGGGCAUUGACAUGUUCAAUAAUUAGCUGCUGUUGUUACUCUAAAGUUGCCUUAAAUUUGUAUUUGUAGAUAUUGUCUGUUCUGUUGCCCCUGUAGAGUGAGAAAGCACUGUAAAUCCCACCAAAUGUUUGUUAUGUCUUAUAGUGCAUGCAUCUAUUAUGUCUAAGAAUUUAUUCAAUGCCGAUGGCAUCAUAAUCAUACACACUUUAUGUGAGAAAUAUAAAAUGUAUGUAGCUUUUAAAUAUUCAUUACGUUUAGAUCAACUGAAUAAACCAGAUACAGGGUCUAACGUUUUUUAAACUGUCACCAUGACAUGUGUGCGUUUCCAUUUUGUCUGUAAUUGAAAGAGAAUAAGAGUAUAUACCAAAAACAAUGAUGGAAAUAAUGAUAGAAUAAUUGAGUACCGUCCGAUUGUAAGGUUAUAUUUGCAUGGUGGAAUAAAAUAAAAAAGAAAGUACGAACAUCUUAUCGUUGUUUUCAUAAUAUCUGAAACUUUCUGCUUGUUGCAAGAAAAGGAGCGACACUGUGUAUUUUAGUGAUUGCAAAUGUGUAUAUACUAUAUCUCUGCACCUAUAUGUGAACGUCUGUCAUUUUACCCACCUGUCUUGAUUUGUUUGUAAUGUUUCAAUCUCUGUCCCCAUAAACUGAAAUAAAAUUAUUUGGUGCAAAACAAA